AUGAUAGUGAAGUUUAUCUGUGCGGUUGUUACCCGGUCCCUAUUCCUCGUCAUCUCUCUGAUAGGAGUAUGGAGGGUGGUCUGGGUUAAGAAUAAUGCUCUUUACUGGUUCUUGACGACCCAAUAUCUUCCUCUGGUGGUCAAGAUGAUCUUAACCCUAAAGAGAAAAAAAGGACAGGAUUAUAAAUGGUUUUCUCCUGCCAUCUCCCUGUUCCUCAUCAGUAUCAUACCAUCUCUAUGGAUUCUAGAGUUACAUCAUCAAGAGAACAAAGCUACUGAUUCCAGGUUUGACAAACUGGAUUCAUCUGGAAACAACAGAGAGAUCAACAUGCGGCGAGGGAGCUCCACCAAUGGCAGCGAGCCAUUAUUCCAGGGUUCAGUAUCUCUGUUGUCAUCAGUGUGUGCUAACGACUGGAUCCUAGCCCUGCACCAGAUCCUGCUGGUUCUGCUGGUCCUCGGGAAGUGGCUGCUCCCUACAGGAGGAAGGGGGGUGACCAGGGAUGAACGGUCUCAGCUCCUCCUCAUCUUG